AUGGCUCCAAAAAAAUCCACAGCUCCUCCAACACCUGGUCCAUCUGCUUCCACCGCCAAAGAUCUCCGAGUCCUGACAGUUAACUUGUAUAACUGGUGCCGGGUGAACUAUGAUGAAGAGCAUAUUCUCUCCCAGCAAGAUCUGCUUGCAGGGGAUGUUAUUCCGAACAAAGACCCAAACUUACUCCUCGCUGCCACCCAGUCCUUGAUCAAUGAUCGUCUCUUUCGUACGCAUGAUCUUCGGUCAGGUGGGAUAGGAUGGAAAAUUGUAUCGCACGUCAGUGCCCAAAAGUAUAAAGACCUUUCCUCUGACGAGUCUCUUGUCUAUUCUGUUAUUGAGUCCCUUGGAAGAGCUGGAGCUUGGGUAAAAACCAUCAAGGGUAAAUUAAAUCUGCAUCAGAAAAAUGUCGAUCAAAGCAUCAAAACGCUCCUUCAGAGGGGGUACAUUAAGUCGAUGUCAACGGUUAAGUUUCCUCAACGCAAAAUGUACAUACUUGCAGGGCUACAACCGGGUGAAGAUGCCACAGGAGGUGCCUGGUUCACAGAUGGCGUGCUUGACCAUGAGCUCCUGGAGGAGCUUGCCCGAACACUGGAGAGGAGAAUUAGUGAUCUGAGCUGGAAUCAGAUCACCAAUCCGGCAGCGGAGUCUACGGGUUCGAAGCUAGGUGUUUCUCAGAAGCGCAAAAGGCCUGAUGAUGGAUUUGAUAGUACUACAAAGGACAAGGGAAAGGUUCGACGAAUGGAUACUGACAAUGCUGGUGACGAGUUGUCUGCCUCCAGCAGUGCGCAUGCAGACAUUCAACACAGGCCAACCUCGAAGAAGCAGCAUGUUAGUGUGACACUUCCUGAGAAGAUAUAUGUUCCAUACCCGGCUGGAUAUUCCAAAUACCCUACUCUCAAGUACCUGACGGAUUUUGUCAACGACAACAAAAUCCUUCAAUCCGGAAAAAUCACCGAGAGUAAUAUCUCGCAGCUGCUUGAAGUCAUGGUCUACGACGACAAUAUCACUAAAAUCAAGGCUACCCCUGAUGGGUCAGCUCCUACAAUGUACAAGGCACGGAAAAAUCCGACACAAAUCGUUGCGGACUGGGACCUCGCCGAACGGCUUCGUGACACGACAAGAGAAAAUGAUAGUGCAAUGCAGGUCGCUAGAGAACGGGAGCUGAGUAAGCUGGGGAGUGGUGGUAUGACAGAAAUACCCUGUGGUAGAUGUCCAGUCUUCGACAUGUGCGAAGUUGGAGGACCUGUCAAUCCUGAUAAUUGCGAAUACUUCGAAGAAUGGUUCUUGAAGAUUGAGAGUACACGGAUAGAUCAGGAGCAUAGUCUGGUCUGGUGA